AUGGAGGAUAAAAAUAAAGUAUUGUAUUCAGGGACACACACUAUAGGUAAUAAGCUAAUUAUCCUCAAAUCGUGGUCUGCUGAUUUCAAUUUUUAUGAUGAGGUGUUGAAGACCAUACCACAGUGGGUGAGUUUUCCAAACUUGCCUCUGAAUUAUUGGGGUAAGAUUACAUUGAGCAGAAUUGCUAGUGGUUUGGGUUGCCCUAUAUAUGCUGAUGAUUGUAUAUCUAGUACAACUAGAAUCUCCUAUGCUAGGGUUCUAAUUGAAAUGGAUAUUUCAAAGGAAUUGCCAAAAUGUAUUAUAGUGCAGGAUCCACCGGGGAAAGAAUUUGAACAUGUGGUAGAGUAUGAUUGGGUGCCACAGUACUGCCACAAAUGCCUUAUGGUUGGGCAUGAUUUUAUUGUCACGCAAGAAGUUGCUGAACCACAAUUGUUUGCUUUCACUGUUGUGUAUGGGCUUCACACAAUUGCUCAUAGAUAUGAUUUGUGGGCUGCUUUAAAUGAGUUGAAGGAACAUAUGAACAUGCCUUCGCUAAUUAUGAGGGAUUUCAAUGCAAUAAAGGAUAUGGAUGACAGAGUCAAUGGAACUACAAUUCAGGAUAAUGAAGUUAAAGACUUCGGCGAUUUUAUAGAAGAUUGCAGAAUAACUGAAUUGCUAACUGUAGGAAAAUCUUAUACAUGGACCAAUAGCCAUGUGUAUAGCAGGAUUGAUAGGGCUCUAAUAAAUGCUCAAUAG